GCCAAUGUGCCUCGAUGGUAGCGGAAGUAUGCCGCAAAGCUCCGCGCAAGUGAAGGCGACCGUUCUCCGCUCACUUUACUCUGGAUGAUUUAAAGGUCGAUUUUUGUAUCCUCAAAAUAGAUUUCCUUCUCCAGAAGGAAUCAACUGGCUAUUAUGAUAUUUUUGUUGGCUCGCAGACAGCUCCUCCGGCAAGUCGCCGCGCAGAAUGCCAGAAAUUUCAGUAGCCAGGCUGGAGCAGCCGAAGUUAACAGACUGGGGGUUGUUGGAGCAGGACAAAUGGGGCUUGGUAUUGCACUGGUAGCCGCUCAAAGAGCCCAAGUCCCAGUCACCUUGGUAGACAAUUCCCAGGCGUCAAUCGACAAAAGCUUAAAGUUCGCCGACAAAUUACUUGAGAAAGAUGUUGCGAAGCAGCGCAUCACAAAAGACGAUGCGUUGGCAGCCCGGGAACGAAUAUAUGCAACGACGACUAUGGAUGACCUUUCCAACGUGGACUUUGUAAUAGAAGCUGUCCCGGAAAUUCCCGAUUUAAAAACAAGCAUCUUCUCACAGCUUGCGCUCACCUGUCCGAAACAUGCCAUCCUGGCUACAAAUACGUCUUCAAUCAGCGUGACUAAGAUCGCUGCUGCCACGACAAAUGGAUACCCUACGGAUCUUUCGGCUGCCUCGCGCGUCAUCAGCACGCACUUUAUGAAUCCAGUGCCGGUGCAAAAGGGAGUAGAAAUCAUCACUGGCCUGCAAACCUCGCAGAGCACGAUUGACACAGCGGUAGCUUUUGUCAAACGCAUGGGCAAGAUACCAUCACAAAGCGCCGACUCACCCGGCUUUCUGGCUAACCGCAUACUAAUGCCAUAUAUAAAUGAAGCCAUAAUUUGUCUAGAAACGGGUGUUGGCGGAAGGGACGAUAUUGACAAUAUCAUGAAGAAUGGAACCAAUGUUCCGAUGGGUCCGUUGCAGCUGGCUGAUUUUAUUGGAAUUGAUACCUGUUUAGCGAUCAUGAAAGUGCUUCACGAGCAAACUGGCGACAGCAAAUACCGACCGGCAUGUCUUCUUACCAAGAUGGUUGAUGCCGGGUGGCUAGGAAAGAAGACUGGAAAAGGCUUCUAUGAGUAUUGAACAGCUAGCUAGCUCAAUGCAAAGUUCAAAUGCAGAUAAAGCCGGCCAUUAUAUCCUUGAUUUAAGAAAGCAUUUCUAUCGCAAAUGCGCUUCGGACAUUAGUAAUUCAAUGUGUCAUAAGG